AUAAUAAUCCCGGAUAAUAAUUUUUCGAUGGCGGCGAUGAUGCUGAUACGGAGCUAGACGACGAAGCUUGAGCGAGACGCCACGGUGUAGAUCUUGCCACCUUUUCACAUAUAGGGCCCUAUUCAUUUUUGCAAAUAAUCAUAUAGGCCUACUAGAAUGACAUAGAAGGAAGAGUCAAUAAUGUCAAUCCCAAAUUUUACAAUAAAAAAAAGUAUUUGAUUCCCGGGGGCGGGCUAUAUCCACAAACAAUAACAAUAUUCGUAAUUCUGCGCUGCUCGUUCUCAUCACAUUAUUUCCUUCGCCUUCGUCCGCUGCUAGCUGCUGGCACUGUGGCAGAAUGGCUUCGACUUUUCAUUUUUCCACAGAAGUUCCUCCAGAUUCAAUGUUCAAUGACAUUCAGUCACUUAAUACAUUCAAUGAAGAACAAUUUACACAGCUUGUUGCAGUUGUCAUCAGCUUUCUUCUUGAGCCAAAUAAGUCCAGCAAAUUAUUAGGUCAACUGGAUGAAUUUUCAGAUGAACAAGGAGUCAGCAGACCAGCUCUUCGAAAUGUGGUUAAAAGCCUUCUAGCUGUACCAUACAGUGCAGUGAGAAAAAACUUAAGCCCUAGUGACUUGAAAGAAGACUUUGUUAAUCUUGGUCUGUCCAAAGAAAAAGCGGGCUAUGUAUCAAAUGAGUGGAAGCGUAACCUGGUUGGAUUAUCAAGAAGUGCAGUUGGUCAAACUCUGAUGGUGAAUCAGCUGGUAGACAUGGAAUGGAAGUUUGGAGUGACAGCAGCAAGCAGUGAACUUCAACAAGUUGGAAGCACGUUUAUUCAGAUGAAGUUGGUUGUCAACAAGGGUAACAAGACGGAGAAUGUCUACAUGGAGCUAUCAGUGCCAGAGUUCUACUCAUUCUUACAUGAAAUGGAGAAAGCCAAAGCAAGCUUGGAGUACUUCAGUUAGCAGGAUAGAUCAUCCAUAGCUCAAAGUAAUUUUAAAAAUCUUGUGUAAGAUAGGGUUGAUUAUUUUCCUCUAUCAGAAGUCUGAGCUGGUAAUUUACGAAACUGUAUUGCCCUAGAUUAUCUUGAAGCGAUUUGUGUUUUGCUAGGUCUCUCUCCGCGUAAUGAUUUUGCAUGGAGAGACGACACAAACUAUAUCUUUAUAUUUUCCACGGUCUCACAUCCGGGAUCUGAGGAUGCAUAGCAAGAGAUAUGCAUCGUAUUGAUCCAUGUAGAAACAAAUACCGUUAUGUCACAAUGUUAAUCAAGAUGAGACACUGCUGGAUACCCAGGCCAGGGAGGUGACAUUCUAUUACGACACCGUUCUCACUAGCUUGCUAAAACUAGUUUACUGGAAACUGGUUUAACGUGUAGUGAGAACGGUCGAAGCGAUCUUCCAAACCGGUUCAGAAAACCACCUUAUGAUGUAGUUUUCAAGAUUGCUUUGCCUCGUUAAGCUGGUUUUAGCGUAAGUGAGGACACAACCGUUCUUCGGGAAGCAAUCUUCGCUCAUUUUGAGCGCGUUACUCCACAUGACAGGUGUAGAAUGCCUAUGCUGCCGUUUCAAAUUUUGCGCGAAACGUGUCUCCUCAUUGAGAGCGUUUCCAAAGCAACAACAUUGCUUUACAUGAAGUGAUUUUGAAAACCACUGUCGUGUGAUCAAGUGGGAACGCUAGCAAAGCGAUCUUCCAAACUGGUUUCCUGAAUCGGUUUCCAGUAAACUAGUUUUAGAAAGCAUAAUGAGAACGGCCUCUACGUCACAGUGGUAAAACUCAGAGACCCUGCUUAUCAUGACAAAAUAGAAUACCAUUUUUAAAUGGUAAAAUAUAUCAAUUUUCAUUAUUUUGCUCAAGAUUUCUGAUUUGGAUACUUAUAAAAAUAUUGAUUGGCUCUUCUUUUGGGAAUAUUAAAAUACAUUGCCCUUAAAAAAUCAUAUUGCUUUUGUCUAAAGACUCUGGCCAAUAUGAUUGUUUCGCAUGCAAUAUAUCUCAUGCUCCCCUAAAGGCCAGUCCAUAUUAUAUAAUUAUUUGAGGGAUGAAUCAUAAAUGAUGCAGGAAGUAAGUAGUCUGUGAUGAAUCUCAAUGGUCUAUAUAACAAGUAAUCCCAUACAAAAUAUGGUAUUUUGGGAGUCUUCCCGACAACUUUUAGUGCAGAGUACUACUAAGUACAUCUGGGGAUCAUUUCAUGAAUGGACUUCUUGGAUGUUUAUCUGAAAAAAAAUCUGCUUUAUCCAUCAGUGACCAUUGUAACAGUGCUUCUCAGCCAAUCAAAAUCAUGUUGUCAGUUCUGACAACUUGUUGGAUGAAAAAUGUUGAUGAAAUGCUUUCCAAAAGUCUCAACUGGAAGUCUCAUUUUGUUUAGUCAUCCAGGAUUUAGAUCGGUUUAUUCUCCAGGGUGGCCAGAUUGACUAGGCAGUCACAGAGAUCACCCUCACCCCUCCAGUCACAGAGCUCACCGUCACCCCCUCCAUCUACUUUACUCCUCUUCCCUCAACCCAACCCUUGUACUCUCCUUCACUACUUUCUUCUUCCAUGUUCUCUUCAGUUGCCCGUUUCCCUCUGAUCAGCCACCUGAAACUCUGGCACCCUUCUCAAAACAUGAUCAGUUUCCCUCCUCAACACAUGCCCAUACCAACAUACACCCCAUCUGCUCCAACGUCGCUUCCAAACUCAACAUCUGCAUCCAAACCUCAUUCUUCUUCCUUUCCGUCAGUUUCACACCACACCAUUGCUCUCUCGGUCCUUCUCAAAAUCCCCAUCUCAUUUCCGCUAAAACACCACUUUUCGUCCCAUACAAUAUCGCCCAUCUCAUGCAACUCCUAGAACUAUUACUUUCAUCCUCAGAGGAAUCCUUUUCCCCAUAUAACAACUCUCUGCAUUUCCUAAACGUCACCCAUCUUAAUUUUGCCCUUGCUUUCACAGCUUCCCUGCACCCUCCACUCACACACACCCUGUCCACCCCUCCCCCUUAUGAGAACUCUUUCGCCUUUUUUUUCAAAACUUUCCAAAAUGUUCCUCCAUCUCUCUUGGUCCUUUCUUACAUUUUCCACACACAUUGUCUCUUGCCUGCUUCCAAAUGGUAAGUUGUCAAAAGAAAGUAGGGGGACAUAAUUAUAUUGAGCCCAUUUGUCUUGUGUAUAUUGCAUCAAUGUUAAAUAGAAAAGUACUAACUAAAUUCCUUAAAUUGGCAAUGCAAUAAAUAAAUGAAAAAUUAGUUUACCUUUUCACAUUCACAAAUUUAAGACUUUAUUGAAAGACAUUCUUCAUCAAUCUUAACCUUGUAUAUUGCUCAUACGUACAAAGGGGAAAAUCUAGCAAUAAAAGAAAAAGUACUUAGUUGUCAAUUUGAAUGUUAAGAACAGAUCGAGCAAGGCUUCAAAUAAUUCAUUGCCCCUAAUGGAUUAAGAUAAACCAUGUUUAUCUCUUAUGCCAGAGUUGCCAAUUUGCAUCCCAUGAUUCACAUAGAUGCAAUUGAGCUGCAAUUUAUUUCAAGCUAAAUCCAUUCUGUGAAUAUUGGUGAAUACAUUAACAUUGACACCUGGUAACUACAUUACACAUAAUUAUUAUAGUUGUUUUAGUAUUGUCUUUGCCUUGGUUUCAGCCGUUAGACUCUUCUCUUCCAGACAUUUGAUGUUUAACUGAUGAUUUAAAGUAACAUUUUUAUCAGUCCAUGGAGAUACUAAAUCCAUUGGCACAGUACUCUAUUAGAUCAGAACAAUUAUAAAUGUAAUUUUGUUUAAGUAAAUGCAGUGUAGUUUCAGAUUUCACAACUGGGGGUUUCUUUGGUAACCAAACAUUCGCUCAUUCUGUGUUAUAUUUUAAUUCUCUUAAUUUGGAGUCCUUUAAAUGCAAAAUUUUACCUGUUUUCAUUCAGACCACACUAUUGCAGACUACCUAAUUUCUUCACCAAUGCAUUUAAAUUGUGAGCAUUGAGCAUUCCAAAGCAUUGUAUAUCAUGAUAUGAAUAAACAACAAUUGUAAUGUAAAUAAAUCUGCAAUGUGUCAAUUUGUCAUCAUACAAUGCUAAUUAAGGACAUAUUAAGGUGUACUCUGAUUUGAAAUAUCACCUGAAUAAAAUUCACAGAACAAAACACUGAGAGUGUCAUCAAAAUGUGAUAACAAAUAAAGUUAUUGGCCAGUAUUCUGAACUCGGUUUAAAUUAAACCCUGGUUUAAAGUUGUGGUUUAACUCAAAUUGUUCAUAAUUGUCUGGGAAUGAUAACUGAAGUAUUUUUCUUCAUUAUGAAAGCAAAAGGAAACAAAAUCGUGAACAUGAGAAAUAUACAAUAUAAACAUAAUUUCGAUUUUUUUUUGGGCUCCCUAUAAUUUUAGCACAGAGUUAAACCUGACUUGAGAAUAUGGGCCAUUGAGUUUUAAAAUUUAGCCAUAUUUUGGGAAAAUAUUUAUAUUCACACCGUCCUGAAUAUACACAAGGUGGGCUGAUGAGGUCAUGUCCCCACUUUUUCUCAUGUUGUUUCAUGAAGUCACUAUUAUUUGGUAUUUUCUUAUGAAUUGUCUGUAACAAAAUAUGUUGCAGCAACAAUUAUCUUACACACUUGUCAACCCAUUUAUUUUUCAUUCUUGGGUUGACAAAAUUGAAAAAUGAAUGUAAUUUGUAAUUUCAUAUAAGAAAGUACAAAAAAUAUGAUUAGUACCUUAAAAAUUCCAUAGCUAUUUGAAAAAGUUUGUCUGAAUUUUUUUACUCAUUGUAUUUUACCCAUUCUCCUCUGAAUAGUCAUCCUUUUUCAGAACAACUUGGCUUGUUGGUAGGUUUUUCCUUCAUGUCUAAUAUUUUAAAAUUCCAUAAAUUUUCUAAAGAUCAUUGGCUUGCUUACUGUUAUAUAAAGAGCAUUGUCCGUGUAUCUGAUUCUGAGAAUAUUUUUAUGUACAUAUACAAAUAAAUUUUAUAUACACAA